UGGGCGACGCGUUCUUGCAGUGACGCGCUAGCGCGUCACGCUGACGACACGCGAAGGGCACACAUCUUAGGGCCCGGAGGACGUUCGGCCUCUGUGAGCGGCAACCUUUCCGAGGGAGUGGUUGGGUAAUCGCCAUCUUAGGGAAAAGAUGUUCUCGUCCGUGGCGCACUUGGCGCGGGCGAACCCCUUCAACGCGCCUCAUCUGCAGCUGGUGCACGAUGGCCUCGCGGACCUCCGCAGCAGCCCUCCGGGGCCCACAGGCCAGCCCCGCCGCCCUCGCAACCUGGCAGCCGCUGCCGUGGAAGAGUACAGUUGUGAAUUUGGCUCCGCGAAGUAUUAUGCACUGUGUGGCUUUGGUGGGGUCUUAAGUUGUGGUCUGACACACACUGCUGUCGUUCCCCUGGAUUUAGUGAAAUGCCGUAUGCAGGUGGACCCCCAAAAGUACAAGGGCAUAUUUAACGGAUUCUCAGUUACACUUAAGGAGGAUGGUGUUCGUGGUUUGGCCAAAGGAUGGGCUCCGACUUUCAUUGGCUACUCCCUGCAAGGGCUCUGCAAGUUUGGCUUUUAUGAAGUCUUUAAAGUCUUGUAUAGCAACAUGCUUGGAGAGGAGAAUACUUAUCUCUGGCGCACAUCACUAUAUUUGGCUGCCUCUGCCAGUGCUGAAUUCUUUGCUGACAUUGCCCUGGCUCCUAUGGAAGCUGCUAAGGUUCGAAUUCAAACCCAGCCAGGUUAUGCCAACACUUUGAGGGAUGCAGCUCCCAAAAUGUAUAAGGAAGAAGGCCUAAAAGCAUUCUACAAGGGUGUUGCUCCUCUCUGGAUGAGACAGAUACCAUACACCAUGAUGAAGUUUGCCUGCUUUGAACGUACUGUUGAAGCACUGUACAAGUUUGUGGUUCCCAAGCCCCGCAGUGAAUGUUCAAAGCCAGAGCAGCUGGUUGUAACAUUUGUAGCAGGUUACAUAGCUGGAGUCUUUUGUGCAAUUGUUUCUCACCCUGCUGAUUCUGUGGUAUCUGUGUUGAAUAAAGAAAAAGGUAGCAGUGCUUCUCAGGUCCUCAAGAGACUUGGAUUUAAAGGUAGGAUGUGUUUUUUUCUUGAAAGAAAGAACAGCAGUUUUGGAUAUGUUGCAUUUUUUCAUUUGUGUUUCCUGUUUGAACCAGGUGUAUGGAAGGGACUGUUUGCCCGUAUCAUCAUGAUUGGUACUCUGACUGCAUUACAGUGGUUUAUCUAUGACUCCGUGAAGGUCUACUUCAGGCUCCCUCGCCCUCCUCCACCUGAGAUGCCAGAGUCUCUGAAGAAGAAGCUUGGGUUAACUCAGUAGAUAGAUCAAAGCAAAUGUGGACUGAAUCUGCUGGUUGAUCAGUGUUGAAGAAAGUGCAAAGGAACUUUUAUAUAUUUGACAGUGUAGGAAAUUGUCUAUUCUAUUCCUGAUAUAAUUACUGUAGUACUCUUGCUUAAGGCAAGAGUUUCAAAUUUACUGUUAAAAUAAAUCCAACUCUUCAUGA